AUGCACCAUACUUUCACCGGCAACUCUCGUCGCCCGCGGCAGGUCAACCUCAGCGGCCGCAUCAACGACCCCUUUGCCACAUUCUCACCCGGCCGGCAAACCCCGCAUGCAUCGAAUCCACAGCUCGCUGUCGCAAUUGCGCGUCAGGAGCGAGCCCAGAGAGAGCGAGAUAGGGAGAAGCAGAGUGCGGCCCGUGUUGUCCAAAGAGUCUGGCGGGGCUACAUUAGCAGGAAGUCAACAUAUGGGAUAUGGCGCUCAGAAUGGGAUACAAUCGAACGGAACCUGACGGAUGCUAUGGAGGUCACCUCCGGCAUGCCGGUAGGCGAGGGUUGGACAUUGUCAUCACGGCGUCCUGCACCGUACGCUACAGCAGACCAGUGCUUCUCCCAGCUCCGGUUGCUGGUACAGUUUGUGUCGGCACGGAAAAGCGAUGAUAUCCUCCGCCUCGUAUAUUUUGUUGAUGCUUUUGAGCAGACCUUCCGAAGUCUGCCCACUGUCGCCACUGAGGGCGAGUGGACGACGCUGCUCAAACGGCUGAGCAAAACUAUUUUGAGCGUCCUUAGCUCAGCAUCGAAGCCUAUUGUUCCUUUCCAUGCAGUCGAGCCUCUUCUCCAAGCGGUGAUCUUCUUGACCAGUUUAAUUCCGAAACAAAUGGCCACUAUCGCGGAUACAUAUUACCGUGCUAUGGCACACCUGACGACGACUCUCUCAACUUUCCGUCUACCAGACUUUGACGAAGAUGCAAGUCGACGAGACCAGGGGAUCAGUCCGGCCAAUAUCACAGAAGGUGUUCUUGCACUUUUGCGUCCAAUCACCUCGGAGACAAUGGCAGCCUACGAGGCUUUUGCUACUUCGUACCUCACAAUCCCGAGCCUUGAGACAUACCUGGGCACGCUAGAUGGACUGGCUAGCGAGAUCAACUAUAGGAUGCUGGCUUUAGCGGUAUCAGGUUGUCUUGCGUCGAACACCAAGGGCGUACUAGACGAUGCACAGUCUCGCGCUUGGCUUCUUUCUUACCUGAUUUUCUUUCAACGAUAUGCUCUUGGCAGCCAAGCUAAUCAUCGUGCCCCGGAACUGGAAUUCGUGACGGUAGUCUCAGACUUGCUGAACUCAACAGCCACUCACCUAAUGCGAGGCUUGGAUGCAGAAGAAACGAGCAGCCUGGACGAACCAAGGGUCGCCUACCCUUUGCCUCCAUUUAUCAAGGAUCAGGUAACAGGUCUUGUUAACCAGAGCAGUGUUACUGGGCUUUUUUCUCGAAUUCGAACAUCCCAUAUCCCUCAGGCGAAGUUGACCACCAGCGACUCUGAUGCUUCAAAAGAGGCGAAAGUUCUUGCUACAUAUGCCUUGAACUUGCUCCGAAUCUUUCCCCGACGUGGUGAUGAUAUCCGAAUGUGGCUGUACCUCGGAUCCGCACCUUCAGGGGACCAAGCGUCUGGCCUACCCGCGAUCAAAUAUUUCUGGCAAGCAUCCAGAUCUAGCCGAGUUUUUGAAAUUAUCAGCAGAGACUCGACUAAAGUCCUCCCACUGUUGCAACUGCCAGAGCAGGCAAACGAGCCCGUCGACGUGCCCCGAGACCAGAGAGACCAGGAAUGGACAACAAUCCUCCUUUUCCUGGAGCUCUACACCUUUGUCUUAAAAGUCACGGAUGAUGACGAGUUCUUUUCUAGCGCCUCUUCAUUUGCGUCUUCCGAAAACACCAAGACUUCAUGGACGAGAGAGAGUGCAUUGCCACUGGGCGAUGUCCAGGAUAUGACAGUCUUUCUCAAGAAUCUUGCUUUCACCCUCUACUGGAAUGCGGUCGACUUGAGUGAGCCUGCGCUUCGGCCAGCGGCAGUAAGCCUCAGCAGCUACUUCAGCAGCACGACCAAUGCAUCUUCAGAGCCACUUCCCAGCACUAAGGAUUUGGAAACCAAAAACCAGUCUAAUAAUCUCCCUGGGGUGACGGGAAUUCCACUCGAAUACUUCAAAGGACUUGUUACUGGACUGCUUCGAAUGCUGCAUGAACGAGAUUCACGACGCAAAUUCCUCCCUCGAGACCACUGGCUCAUGACCAGCCGAUUUGACAUGGAAGGAUUCAUACCAUCUGUCGUCGGGGAAGAAGAAAAGAGACACGAAUUUCAAGCUCGGGCUGAGGACAAUGAAGAAGCCGAUCCUAUUGAAGAGGAAGGAACAAACAUGCCUCUUGGGCUAGCUGGGGCUGGGCAUGCGCAGCAGACCAUCAGAAUCGAGGCCAUGCGUCGCCAACAGCAGCGAGUUGCUCGCGGAAGGAUCUUAGCGGCCAUUGCACCGAGACUCGAGAUCCUACGAAACAUGCCGUUCUUCAUUCCAUUCGCCACCCGAGUGCAAAUCUUUCGCGAAUUUAUCUUCCAUGAUCAACACCGACGCCGACGUGGGUUUGUUGACCCCGACCUUUGGCGCGCAUCUGUUGCCCAAGCUGCGAUGGGGCAGAUGAUUGAUGGUCAUCCUGCUGCACAGGCCGUCCUUGCGCGGCAUCAAGCUGAGAUCCGCCGGGAACAUAUCUUUGAUGAUGCCCUCUCUCAGUUUUACCAGCUGGGUGAUGGCCUCAAAGAACCGAUUCAGAUCAGUUUCAUUGACCGAUUCGGAACCAUGGAGGCGGGCAUCGACGGUGGUGGAGUGACUAAGGAAUUUUUGACUAGCAUCACCUCCGAAGCUUUCAAGACCGAAAGUAACUUUAGCAUGUUCGUUGAGAAUGACCAGCACCUACUUUACCCGAACCCCACAGCCCUUGAACAGUGCAAGGAACAGCUACGGGAGAGUGGGGUGAGUGAGUCCAGUCCUGACUGGCAAGGGGGUGUCCGCGAUCUUCUCCGUCGCUACGAGUUCCUUGGACGGGUGAUUGGGAAGUGUCUUUACGAGGGCAUUCUGGUCGAUGUGAACUUUGCGCCCUUCUUCCUGCUGAAAUGGGCACUGACUGGAGGAACGGGAUCGGCCAUGAAGGAGUCCUCCUAUCGGGCCAACCUAAAUGAUCUGAAGGAUCUGGACGCUGGUCUAUACCAAGGUCUUCUGCAACUCAAGAAUUAUUCCGGAGAUGUUGAGGACUUCGCUCUUGACUUCACCGUGACCGAUACCAUUUCCUUGCCUGGCUCCAGGCACCGGACGGUAACGAAAGAGCUGAGACCUGGUGGCUCGUUGAUUCCGGUCACCAACCAGAACCGACUGGUGUACAUUUCCUACAUUGCCCGAUACCGUCUACAGCUGCAGCCACAAUACCAGACCAACGCUUUCCUGCAAGGCCUCGGUCAAAUGAUUCAGCCCGCGUGGUUAUCCAUGUUUAACCAGGCUGAGUUGCAGACCUUGGUGAGUGGAGAGAACGCGGAUAUCGACGUGGAAGAUCUCCGGCGGAACACACAGUACGGCGGCGUAUACACCAUUGGCGAUGACAACCAGGAACACCCGACGGUGCAGCUGUUUUGGCAGGUGAUGCACGACAUGAACAACGAGGAACGCCAGAAGGUCAUCCGCUUCGUGACCUCGACGCCCCGGGCCCCGUUACUUGGAUUCAGCCAUCUUAACCCGCGAUUCAGCAUCCGGGACUCGAGCGAUGACCAAGAGCGUCUGCCGAGCACGAGUACUUGCGUCAAUCUACUGAAGCUGCCGCGAUACUCUAGUGCGGAGGUCCUGCGGAGCAAGCUGCUGUACGCAGUGAGCUCAGGAGCUGGGUUUGACCUGAGCUGA